CAAAACGCGUUUGUGGGCAAGAUGGCGUACGUUUUGGGAUAGUUUUUGCGACGCCUGUGAAAGACUAGAUUUUUUUUUUCUUACCUGGAGCAGUAACAGCCUCAUACGUUUAACGGUUUGAUAUUAGUGCGCUAAUUUACGUCACAUAACAUGAAGUCCGACGUGGAGGACUUAAUGCCGCGGCUGCUGCCCAUUGAGUGCGGAGACACCACAUCGACUCUAAACCUGGAUGGUCCGCCAAGAAACCCCCAAGAGUACCUACGACAAGUCCAGUUAGAGGCUGCGUUGUGUCCAGAAGUGGUGGUUGCUCAGAUUGACCCCAGGAAGUUGAAGAAGGAACAAACCGUUAACGUAUCUGUGGCAGAGUGCCAUGCUGCUCCUGCUGGUUUCUCUCCCAGCCUGGAAUGGCAACAGAGGCAAGUCAGCAAUUUUUCUGAUGUCAGACAGAGUAUCACGAGGAACAGAGAACACUGGAGCAGCCACUCUCUUGAUGACAACGUCCUAAUGCCAGAACAAGCAGAUGAAGAUGGAUGGAAGAGGUUUUGUUUAGGAGAGCUGGUGUACCAAGGUACAUUGCCCUCUCACGCAGAUGCAGCGGUGGGGCUGGACUACAGCAAGGUCGGCUUCCCGCCUUUCCUGAGCAUUGCCAGCCGACUCAGCCAGUCCACCGUGUUGACAGUGUUGGACAUUCUUAUCAGUUGGUUUGAAGAAAGAGAUUUUGUUCCCCAGUUGGGCCGCUGGUUGUAUGCAUUGUUGGCCUGCUUGGAGAAGCCAUUGCUGCCUGAAGCCCAUUCUUCGAUCAGACAGUUGGCAAGGAGAUGUGCUCAGCUGCGUAGCAUCCUGGUGAGUCAGGAUGAUGACAACUUGCCUGCCCUCAAUCUGCUCAUCUGUCUGGUUGCAAGAUACUUUGAGCAGAAUGACCUGGCAGACCAGCCGGAGUGAAGGUUUUUUUGUUAUUAGACAUUAAGGAUGACAAAUGGACUUUGAAGACCAGAAGGCUGCAGUCACGUAACAAACGACCAUGUGGACAACUGGUCCACAUACAUGUGCCCUGCUGAAGAAGUCACAUCUCUUGGUUAUCCUUUUCAUCUUAGCGGUGAACUCUGAAUUAUCAUACGUUUGCACUUGGAAUGAAAGCUGUGUCUAUUAAA